CGGGAGGUGGUAGUCGCUGUUGCCGCUGAGAAACCCGCCCGCUUUCCACGGCUGGUCGCCUGGUGAGGAGUUGAGACUCUGCGCCUCCGCCCGGACCCACAUGGCUUGUUACCUGGUCAUCAGUUCGAGACAUCUCAGCAAUGGGCACUACCGGGGCAUUAAAGGAGUCUUCAGGGGACCCCUCUGCAAGAACGGAUCUCCCUCUCCGGAUUUUGCAGAAAAGAAGUCCACAGCAAAGGCCCUGGAAGAUGUAAAGGCAAACUUUUACUGUGAAUUAUGUGACAAGCAGUAUCACAAACACCAGGAGUUUGACAAUCAUAUUAAUUCUUAUGACCAUGCUCAUAAGCAGAGACUGAAAGAAUUAAAGCAACGGGAAUUUGCUCGAAAUGUAGCUUCUAAGUCAUGGAAAGAUGAGAAAAAACAAGAAAAAGCACUUAAACGACUUCAUCAGCUGGCUGAGUUAAGGCAGCAAUCUGAAUGUGUUUCUGGAAAUGGACCAGCAUACAAAGCCCCCAGGGUAGCCAUAGAAAAGCAACUCCAGCAAGGAAUUUUCCCCGUUAAGAAUGGCAGAAAGGUAUCAUGCAUGAAGAGUGCUCUUCUCCUUAAAGGAAAAAAUCUCCCCAGAAUCAUAUCCGAUAAACAGCGGUCCACCAUGCCAAAUCGACACCAAUUACAAUCAGACAGGCGUUGUUUGUUUGGAAAUCAGAUACUGCAAACAUCUUCAAAUCUCAGCAAUGCAAAUCACAGAACAGGAGUAUCAUUUUCUUUUUCCAAAAAAGUGCACCUAAAAUUAGAAUCUUCAGCAUCAGUUUUCAGUGAGAACACAGAAGAAGCCCACGAUUGUAACAAGUCACCCAUUUAUAAAACAAAACAAACUGCAGAUAAGUGCAAGUGCUGCAGGUUUGCAAAUAAAGAUACACACCUUACCAAGGAAAAAGAGGUAAAUAUCUCACCAAGCCAUCUGGAAAGUGUUUUACACAAUACCAUCUCCAUAAACUCUAAAAUUUUGCAAGACAAAAACAACUCUAUUGAUGAGACACUAGAAGAUUCAAUUGGCAUUUGUGCUUCAUUCUCUAAAUCUAACAUUCAUCUUUCAGAUGUAGAUUUUACUCCUACCAGCAGAGAAAAAGAAACUAGAAAUACAUUGAAGAACACUUUAGAAAAUUAUGUUAAUCACCCAUGCCAAGCAAAUGCUUCCUUCAGCCCACCAAACAUUUACAACCAUAGUGAUGCCAGGAUAUCUGAAUGCCUGGAUGAGUUUUCAUCACUGGAGCCAAGCGAACAAAAGAGUACAGUGCAUCUGAAUCCAAAUUCCGGAAUAGAGAACAGAGAAAAAUCUUUAGAUAAAACAGAAAGAGUUAGCAAAAAUGUUCAAAGACUUGUAAAAGAAGCAUGUACUCAUAAUGUGGCAUCUAAACCACUACCUUUUCUCCACGUUCAAAGCAAGGAUGGCCACACCACUCUUCAAUGGCCUACAGAACUUCUGCUCUUUACAAAAACAGAACCCUGUAUCUCUUAUGGCUGCAACCCACUAUAUUUUGAUUUUAAGCUUUCUCGGAACACAAAGGAAGACCGCAAUCCAGAGGACUUAAAAACAGAAUUGGGUAAGAAGCCCUUGGAAUUGAAGACUAAAAGAGAGAGCCAAGUCUCAGGUUUAACUGAAGACCAACAAAAAUUGAUCCAAGAAGAUUAUCAAUAUCCGAAACCAAAGACAAUGAUAGCUAAUCCGGAUUGGGAAAAAUUCCAGAGGAGAUAUAAUUUGGACUACAGUGAUUCUGAGCCAAAUAAGAGUGAAUAUACUUUUAGUGCAAAUGAUUUGGAAAUGAAAAAUCCUAAAGUGCCUCUUUACCUCAACACAUCUCUAAAGGAUUGUGCUGGAAAGAAUAAUAGUAGUGAGAACGAACUUAAGGAGGCUUCAAGGGCCCAUUGGCAAGGCUGUAGAAAGGCAGUUCUAAAUGAUAUAGAUGAGGACCUAUCUUUUCCUUCCUACAUCUCUAGGACUAAAAAGCAUAAAUUGAUUCCCUGCAGUCCUCAUUUGGAAUUUGAAGAUGAAAGACAAUUCAACUGCAAGUCCAGUCCUUGUACAGUAGGGGGUCACAGUGACCAUGGGAAAGACUUCAGUGUAAUUUUGAAGAGUAACCACAUCAGCAUGACCAGCAAGGUUUCCGGAUGUGGAAACCAAAGAUACAAGAGAUACUCUCCACAGUCAUGUUUGAAUAGAUAUUCUUGCUCUUUGGACACAUCCCCUAGCAGUAUGUCUAGCUUGAGAAGUACUUGUUCAAGUCAUAGAUUCAAUGGUAAUAGCAGAGGUAAUUUGCUCUGCUUCCAUAAAAGAGAACACCGCUCAGUUGAAAGGCACAAACGGAAAUGUCUAAAGCACAACUGCUUCUACUUGUCUGAUGAUAUAACAAAGAGCAGCCAAAUGCAGUCUGAACCACAGAAAGAGAGGAACUGCAAAUUGUGGGAAUCAUUUAAAAAUGAAAAAUACUCAAAACGUAGAUAUUGUCACUGCAAAGAAAGACAAAAACUGGGCAAAAAUCAACAACAAUUUUCAGGGCUAAAAUCUACGAGAAUCAUCUAUUGUGAUUCUAACUCACAGAUUUCCUGUACUGGAAGCAGUAAAACACCACCUAAUUGCCAGGGAACUCAGCACGACAGAUUGGACUCUUACUCAAGAGAGAAAAUUUAUUACUUGAAUAAAAGCAAGAGAAAUCAAGAGUCUUUGGGCAGCCCUCACAUUUGUGAUCUGGGAAAAGUCAGGCCCAUGAAGUGUAACUCCGGGAAUAUCAGCUGCCUUCUAAAGAACUGUUCCAGUGGCCCUUCAGAAACCACAGAAUCAAACAUUACAGAAGGAGAGAGGACCCCUCUAACAGCAAAAAGCCUUUUAGAAAGAGUACAAGCCAAGAAAUGUCAAGAACAAUCAAGUAAUGUUGAGAUCUCUUCAAACAGUUGUAAAAAUGAAUUAGAGGCUCCUUCGCAAGUCCCAUGCACAAUUCAACCUGCACUGUCAGGCUGUAACAGACAAGCAUUGCCUUUGUCUGAAAAAAUACAGUAUGCAAAUGAGAGCAGAAAUGAUCAAGACAGUGCAGUUCCAAGGACUACGGAGAAAGACAAAAGCAAAAGUUCACACACAAAUAAUUUUACAAUUUUAGCAGACACUGAUUGUGAUAACCAUCUUUCUAAAGGUAUAAUUCACCUAGUAACAGAGUCUCAGUCACUAAACAUAAAAAGGAAUGCAACAACAAAAGAACAAUCAAAACCUUUAAUUAGUGAAAUCCAACCUUUUAUUCAAAGCUGUGACCCAGUACCAAAUGAAUUCCCUGGUGCUUUUCCGUCUAAUAAAUAUACUGGUGUGACUGAUUCAACAGAGACCAAAGAAGACCAAAUAAAUCUAGACUUACAGGAUGUAAGCAUGCAUAUAAAUCAUGUAGAGGGAAAUAUAAACUCUUACUAUGACAGAACUAUGCAGAAACCUGACAAAGUUGAAGACGGAUUAGAAAUGUGUCAUAAAUCUAUCUCUCCUCCUUUAAUUCAACAGCCCAUAACAUUUUCUCCUGACGAAAUAGAUAAAUAUAAGAUCCUACAGCUACAAGCCCAGCAGCAUAUGCAGAAGCAACUCCUAUCAAAGCAUCUUCGAGUUUUGCCUGCUGCAGGGCCUACUGCCUUCUCUCCGGCCUCAACCGUACAGACAGUUCCGGUUCACCAGCACACUUCUAUCACCACCAUCCACCACACGUUCCUGCAGCAUUUUGCUGUUUCUGCUUCCUUAAGUUCUCAUAGCAGUCACCUCCCUAUUGCUCAUCUACAUCCUCUUUCACAGGCACAUUUCAGUCCUAUUUCAUUUUCGACUCUGACUCCAACCAUUAUCCCUGCACACCCCACUUUCUUAGCAGGUCAUCCCCUGCAUUUAGUAGCUGCUACCCCCUUCCACCCAUCUCACAUAACACUUCAGCCUCUGCCCCCUACAGCAUUUAUUCCUACAUUGUUUGGUCCUCACUUAAAUCCAGCCACAACUUCUAUCAUCCACUUGAAUCCUUUAAUCCAACCAGUAUUCCAAGGUCAAGAUUUUUGCCAUCAUUCUUGCUCUAGCCAGAUGCAACAGUUAAAUGAAGUGAAAGAGGCCUUAAAUGUGUCCACACACUUGAACUAAUAAGUGUUAAAGCCCCUCUUGUGGAUAAUUUUUUAAAUUGUCACUACCUAUAAAAUCAUACAUUUAAAGAAGUCUAUCAAUUAUAAGAUUUAAAAUAUUGCUGCCAAUUCAAAAUGUGACAAAUAUAUAAAUAUGAACUGAAUUGCUAAUAUUAAAAUGAGCAUUUUAAUAAUUUUUUAGCUUGCCAAAAUAAUAGGCAAAUUUGAAUAAUUUUAUGAAAGUGUAGAGGGAAGAGGGAAAGAGUUAAAGAUUUGUUUUGGAUGGGUUCUCGCAUAAUGUUAUAAAAUAGCAACAGAAAACAUUCAAGCAG